AAACUAUAUCAAUUUUAUACAUCGUUGAAGCCAAUAUUUAUUAUUUACUUGAGUCUCACCUUGUUAUUAACUCGUUAACCACUAACUUGUGAUCAAAAAGCGAUUAUUAUUGCUCUCCAUUUGACUUGUGUGAAUCAUGAAUCAACAAAGUGAUAAUCUGAUUUGUAACGUCUGCCAGAAGAGCUAUUCCAGCGUCUCGGCCAAAAAUAGGCAUUUGAGAACUGUUCAUCAUGAAGCUGUCGAGGAAAAACCAAAAAAUACUGUACAUAUACAGUGUCCCAUUUGCAAUGAGCAGGAAAAACCUUCUUUCGGAUCCCAUGACCUCCUUAUAAGCCAUUUAGAAAACAAUGGAAGAAUUUGAGACCUGGCGAGCACUUAUUAGCAGAAGUGUGGAUUAUGUUGUGAAUUCAACCCAUAUUACUCAAAGUACCAACCAAACGGAUUUAUUAAAAUUGCAACCGAAGCAACUACAGAGGUUUUGUGAGUCAAUGCAGCCAACGUAGUAUGAAAAAAGGAGGCAACAUAAGAAUAUCGGGUAUGUGUCCAUCAAGAAUUUGUGUGAAAAUUUGUGGAUCAGAAAUAACUGUUAAAUUCAUUGAAACUCAUGUCGGCCAUGGAGAUGAUCUACGUGCUAAGCACCUAACACAAAGUGAGCAACAAGAAAUGGCAAAAAAAUUGAUUGGUGGAGUUACUAAAGAAAGAAUCUUACAAGAUUCAAGAGCUAUAAGUGAUCAUCAAAUUGAGAGAAAAAAUUUACUUAACUGUGGAGAUCUUGCCUACAUUAUCAGAAAAUUUAAUAUAGAUAAAAAAAGACAUGAUAACACGACAUGAUAGCUACAGCACUGAAGGUGAAAGAAUGGAACGAUCUAGAAGAAAAUUCUGUUUUUCUAUUCAAACAGAUAGGUGAAAAUUAUCCUGCAGAUGGAGGAUUUUGCCCUAGCAUUCAUGAAUAAAAAUAUGGAAAGGAAUUUGAAAGAGUUCAGAAAAAUCACAUGGAUCGAUGGAACACGCGGAACAAAUGCAAGAAAUUGGGAUAUAACCGUUGUUUUGGUUAAGGAUGAGAAUAAUAUAGGUUUUCCCGUUUCAUUUCUAAUAUCUAAUAUGUUGGACCAGACUGUCCAAAAAAUUUUUUUUAGCUCUUUGAGGACCAGAAUUGGAGAAGACAUUGAUGCCGACUAUAUCAUGACAGAUGAUGAUAUUAAAUACUUCAAUGCUUGGUGUCAAGCAAUGGGAUCAGUUACAAAACCAAGAAAACUACUCUGUUCAUGGCACGUAAUUAAAAACUGGAACAUCCAAGGAAGAAAUAAAUUAAAAUAUCCAGAAAUCAAGAAACAAAUGAAAUAUCGGAUGAGAAAGAUAUUGAGGGAAACAGAUUGGACGACAUUUUUGAAAUUAAAGGAGGAUUAUUUCAAGGAUUUAGAAAAAGAAGGAGAAAAUGAAUUUCUGAAAUACUUAAUGAAUCAUUACUUCCAAACAGAAAAACGAAUAAAAAUGUGGUCAUACUGCCAUAGAGUUAAUACAGGAAUCAAAACAAACAUGGCCAUUGAAAGUUUGAACAAGGUUCUGAAGCACAACAAAAUGAGAGGCAAUCAAAAUAUAAGGAUUGAAAAACUACUGGACUUACUGGAAGAGUUGGUGAAUGAUAAGAUGUGGAAGAAAAUCAUAGAAACUGAAAGACCCACCGCUAAUUCAUAUCAGUCCAGAACAAAUCGAGAAGCACACUUAAAAGCAGAAAAUGAGGAUUUGGAUAAGGUGGUGUGCUUUAGAAUCAGGGGAUUUCAAAGUUCCAUCAAGUUCGUCAGACAGAGAGUACAUUGUUUCAUAUAAUGUUCAAUGUGAUGAGGAUUGUAGAAGAUUAUUUUGUUACAAGUGUCAGGUAUGUAUACAUAGAUUUAAGUGUCAAUGUACGGAGUACAGUGUUAAAACUGCUCUUUGUAAACACAUCCAUGCUGUUGCUUUGGUUGAAAAGGGAAGCGAUUCUGUUGUAGGAAAUGAAAUAGAAGAAGAAGAAGAGGACAGUAAUUUAUGUAUAUCAGAACCUUCAACAAGUAGAACUCGAUAUGAAGAUGAUGUCCAAAAUUUUAUAGCAGAAAACGAAGAAAGACAAAAUCCCAAUGUUUCAACCGAUCAGAGUAGAAAACAAGGAAUUGCAAAAGAACGAGCAAAAAUGCUAGUGGAUAUAGUUGUUGGAUAUAGUUGUAUAGAUGAUAAUUUGGAUAAGAUCGUCAGAAUAUUGGAAAAGGCUGUUAGUGAACAGACUGAAGGUGCAUCAAUCAGUAAAAAGAGGAAAAUUGAUAAGCAAUCGUAUUAUCCCAGCAAGAAGUAGUGGUGUGGAUACAUACAAAGGGUAACCAGCUGUAUCUCGACCAAUAAUUUUGAAAAUCAUUUUGAUAUGCCAGCCCAGAGAUUGACAAAGACCAUCUAAUAGAAGCUAUGAGGAAUCAAAAUCUAUAUUUUUUUAAACCAUCAAAACGAUAAAGGAAGAAUAAAUUUCAAAUAUGUAAUGUAUGCAGUUUUCCAAUUAUUGUGCUUUUUUACUUGAAUGAUUAUUUAAUUUUUAUUCAAAUUUAAAUGUGUAUUUGUGAUCUUUGUAAAUUGGUGGAAACGCCCCAGUGGUGAAGGUUUUCUUCGCUUGGUUCUUUCCUUCACAAGCUCCCUGAACCAUGCAAUUCAAAUAAAUAUUAUCAAAA